AUGGGCGACCACGUCCUCUUCUUCUACGGUGAGCUGUUUGUCCACGACCACUCACUCCGCACGUGCACGUACGCAGUAGAUAAACGUUGCUCGCCUGACGCCUCUCACAUGCCCCAACCAGUCCUUCCAGUAUACCAACUAAAUGAACCACCACAUACACAGACUCAUACUAACAAACGCAAUUCAGGGACCCUGAUGGCCCCGCAAAUCCUCCACAGGGUCAUUCACGGCCGCCCGGAUCCAGAACCGUGGCAAAAGGGCAUGCUCUCGUUCAAGCCCGCCAUCCUGCACGGCUACCGCCGGCACCGCGUUCGCGGAGCCGACUACCCCGGCAUCGUGCCCUGCCCGAAUGAUAUUGAAGAUUCGACAGGAGGACCGGGCAGCGCGUCCGUGCUGGGGACUGUCGUCUCGGGGCUGACGGACGGGGACGUGCACCGGCUGGAUGUUUUCGAGGGGUCGGAGUAUGUUAAGGAGAGGGUGAGGGUGCGGGUGCUGGCGGAGUCGUUGAGUGUGGGUGGGCGGCAGGAGGCGAGCAUUGCGAAGAACCCGGAUCGGCACUUGAAGGAUGUGCUUGAUGCGGCUGGGGCGGAGUUUGCGGAUGAGAGGGAGGAGGUGGAGGCUUUGACGUAUGUUUAUGUGGCUGGACAGGACCGAUUGGAGGAUGCGGAGUGGGAUUUCGAGGCCUUUAAGAGGGAUAAGAUGGCCUGGUGGGUUGAUGCAGAUGAGAGCGAGUGGUGA